UGGUUAUUCGCUUUUCCGAUCCCACUGACUGAUGUUGUCACUUGUCAGUCUGUCAGUCCCCUAAAAUCCAUCACUAGAUUCAUUCAUGCACACAUUGGAGAAUUGAGCUGCAGUUUUAGUUUGUUGCUUGGAGUUUGGAUCUAUACAGCGAAUCUCUGCUGUUCUGGUUUACUUACGUAUUAGCUCGCCUUUUUGUGAGUAUUAUAGGGUUUUUGAGUUCGGAUUAUCUAUAAUUUCUGGUGUUUUGGACGUAUUUGGUAAGUUAUUAGCUAUUUAGUGGUUCGGUGAUUCGGACUUUAGAGAUUUUUCAAGUGAUUCCUCAUGGACUGUGCGAUUGAUGAAUCAAUGGAUGUCCCUUGCUCAUCAGAGGUAGUGAGUGACACCGGGAACUUCGAAUGCAACAUCUGUUUCGAAUUGGCAUUUGAUCCGAUUGUGACCCUCUGCGGUCAUCUUUACUGCUGGCCUUGCCUUUGCCAAUGGCUUCAACUGCAUUCUCAUUCUCACGAAUGUCCUGUUUGCAAGGCCAUUGUGCAAGAGGAGAAGCUAAUCCCUAUCUAUGGAAGGGGCAAAACAGUUUCAGACCCGAGAUCCCAACCAGUCCCUGGAAUUACCUUCCCAUGUCGGCCAUCGAGGCAGAGACCUCAAACUCCUCCGCGUGUGGAUGUUAAUUAUGCCCGACCUAAUGAUCUCGAUCCCAUUACAGGACUAAUGCCAAUGGCAGCUGCAAGAUUCGGCCAUCAGACUCUGUCUGCGCUUUUUGGCAUCCUGCCCACCAUUUUUAACCUUCAGGUAAAUGGAUAUCAUGAUGCUACCGUAUAUGGAACUACUUCUGGUGUCCCGUACUUGUUCUCUAGUUCCUUUAGUGGCGACUAUGUUCAUGGAUUUCAUAACUAUUCACCUCCCGUAGAAUGGAAAUCUGUUGCUUGGAAGGUAAUAUUUGUCCUCGUUGCUUUUUUCAUACUCGUGCAUCUAUUACUCGGAUGAAGUUUGUUGCUCGACACGGUUGGAUUUCCCUGCAAUGCAACUGUAUAUUAUAUAAUACGGCAAUCCUCCAUUUGCUUGUGAAACUGCAUUGUGUGCCAAGACAAGGUUGAGGAUUUUAGGUUGUUUUUGUGUUCCCAACAUUUGUAGGCAUACGAUUCACAUUUGCUCGGUAGUUUGUUGUCUUAUCUGUCUGAACGAGGAUCCAUAGUUAGCUUCAGGGAAGACUGUACCUGAUGAAAUACGUAUGUAUUUUGAACUUAUAGUUAAAAAGCCUACUUUUUAUAACAUUUGUGACUUGAAUGAUCUUAA